AUGUCUACUAUUGACAAGCAAAAUCGCUCCGACUGCACCCCAGACCUGGCAUGCACUCGCUGCCGAGAGCGGAAGAUCCGCUGUGGCCGCGAGCGUCCGCAAUGCAGUAAUUGCGAUCGAGAAGAUGGAGUGACCUGUGUCUACCAGAAUCCAGUCAAGAGAGUCAACCAUCUUAAAUUACUGUGGGCUUUAUCGCCUUCUGCGACCACGUAUCGUUCAUACCUGCUGACUUCCCUUAGAUGCGAUAGCGUUGAGAUCCUCCAGGAGCGGUUACAAACCAUCGAGUCCCACCUUGGACGCCUUUCUAAUGGCCUCAAUUCUGGACUAACCUCAGAAGUUGCCUUUUUAACCCCAUCAUCCUCCCGUGGCUCAAACAGUAUUGGUGACCGCGCCACUGAAGGCAAUGACAGAGACAUAAGCGACAACGGCGACGACGACCUCGCGUUAGACAGUCUUCGUUCCUUGCCCGACAUGGAUAUGCCUGACUUACAGAUCUCGCGGAACCAUUCGGAUAUGGUCGACCGAUAUCACGGACGCUCGUCUCUCUUUGUCCUUUGCAGCCGUUUUCGAAUACAGGCCCUAGCUACUAGUAGUAUAAAUGUCUCGGGUACCUUACGGGACAUUCUUCAGAAUAUAUGUGACAUUGCUGGCUCAACAGAACCUUUUCCUCCUUUCAGCGACAACCCACUAAUCAAGCUUUUGCCCCAAAAGCAGGCUGUCACCGCCGUGGGGCAUUUCAUCCAACAUGUCGACUGUACCACCGACAUCUUUGUUCCGCAAAGCUUGAUGGGCAAUCUCGAAAGGGUUUACUCACAGCCACAACAACCAGGUGACGAGGCAUGGGCAGUCUGCUUCAAUGUUAUCACGCUGCUCGUACUCGGGAUGGAAAUAUCUACCCAAGCGCCCACCGCGCUGGUUGGCGACUUUGCCCGCUCCCUGCUCCCUAGUCGUGCGGCUCUGGUCAGUUCGCGUCUGCUAACGACACCCCGGCUCAUCAAUGUACAGACCUUGAUACUUUUGAGUGUCGCGGCGCAGCAACUCGAUCCAUCCGGGUGGAGUGAUCUGAUCCUGGCCCAGGCUUGUAUGCUAGCAAGAACGAUGGGCCUUCAUCAUACUGGAAUUCUACCUUCUGAGUCCAGUAACGACGAGGCGAUAGAGCGGGCCAAGGUUCUCCGGUCUUUGUAUACAUGGGACAAAAGUUUAUGCACAACACGAGGAUCCGUCGCCUGGCUCCCCAGCUACGACUCCAACAUCAACUCAGAGAUUUCCGUAGCCUUGGAGCACCAGGCACCAUAUGCCGACCGACUGCGAUUAGCCGUUAUCCAGGAUGACAUCUACCGGAUGUCCCAUGAGGGCACCGGUCGUCGUCAGCGGUUUAGCCGAAAGCUUCAGUCUGCACUUAAACCAAUCGAGAAGAAGCUUGACGAAUACGCACGCAUUUCUGGCAUCGCGGACUGCCGGCUGCCCGAGUCUGCGCGUGGCGCUCAGUUGCAGCUGGAGUUCCUGGCCACUCGGAUUCUAGCUCUGCAGCAUGGAUCAGAGCCACGGCAUAUUCAACAGGUUCAAUGCGAUGCACGCACCAGCUGUAUCCUUUUGUUAGUAAUCCAUGGCGAUCGCUCCGCUGAACUUAUAGAGGCUUUCUGUGCCUUGAAUAGUCACACACAGGCACAGAGUGUCUUUCCUCCAAUAAUGGGCAGUGACAUUCCAUUCGGCAACAUCCUCGACUCCUUCUCAAUCCCAGCAUUAUCUAUCAUCUUCGAAAGUCUGUUGCAUCCAUCAGAGGGUGACUCGGGGAUGAAAUCCCUUUCAGAUUUGGAACUUCUGCGGAAGGCGUCUGUUUGCUAUCGUGAACGGACCUCACGAAUGCAGCAUAAUAGUUACCACCGCGUGGUGUCUGUAAUCUUUGAUCGAUUACUGGACAUUCUGGAUCGGUUGAAAACCGACCCAUCAAUGGAGAAAGGGGUGGACCAGCCGUCAGUGUCCAUGCCCGACCCUCGGGCAUCUCAUUCGCCAUUGCAAAGCUUAUCCAUCCGCCCACCCAUCAACCACAGCAUUUCUACCGAAGAGCUGUCUAAUAUGGCUUAUUGGCAGACACCAGAAGGUAGCACAUCUAUCUCUUGGGAGAGUUGGCUAUCCAUGCCGUCCUCAUUUGGGCCCGCCACGCCGCCAGACACGGCGGACUUGGAACAUAUCGGCACCUCAUCAGACGGGUUCACGCACAUCUUGUCCGCCGAUGACUUGCCUAACUGCCCAGAUCAGAUGCAAUGGGACUCAUGCACCACCGAGCGCCAGGGUUCACUGAAACGCCAACGCACCGACGAAGGGUCGGAGAGGUCCGCCCGUAAGAAUGCACCAAGUCCACUGUCCACACUUCUGGCAGAGGAAAUGCCUUUUCAUUUGAUAUGA